GGGAAGGUAUAUUUUGAGGGGAGCACUUCGGACGCCGUUACAGUUUCCGCGAGGAACUUGCUGAGAUAGAGAAAAUGGCCACAACCCCAAGGCUUACUACCACCUUCUCCUCUUCUUCAACUCUCCAAACCCUCUGCAGACGGCUCCCAAUUUCAGUCUCCCUCGCCUCCUCUCACUCUCUCUUUCUCUCACAAACCCUACCAUGUCUUUCUCCUCAACGCCGCUUCCUUUCCCUUUCUCACCACCACCGCCACAACCGUCGCUUCACGCUUCGCGCCGAGUCCGAGAACGGUGCUGAGCCGUCCCGCCACUAUGAUUUCGACCUCUUCACCAUCGGCGCUGGCAGCGGUGGCGUCCGGGCCUCUCGUUUCGCUGCUAAUUUUGGUGCCUCUGUCGCCGUCUGUGAGCUCCCUUUUUCUACGAUUUCAUCGGAAACUGCUGGAGGAGUUGGCGGGACGUGUGUACUUCGAGGAUGUGUACCCAAAAAGUUACUAGUCUAUGCAUCAAAAUAUUCUCAUGAAUUCGAGGAGAGUCAUGGUUUUGGAUGGAAAUACGACACUGAACCAAAGCACGAUUGGAGUACUUUGAUGGCUAACAAAAAUGCUGAAUUGCAGCGUCUCACUGGUAUCUACAAGAAUAUUUUGAAAAAUGCUGGUGUUACAUUAAUAGAAGGUCGUGGAAAGAUUCUGGACCCACACACUGUGGAUGUGGAUGGGAAAGUAUAUUCAGCAAGACACAUACUAAUUUCAGUUGGGGGCCGGCCCUUUAUUCCUGACAUUCCUGGAAGUGAGUAUGCUAUAGAUUCAGAUGCUGCCCUUGAUUUGCCUUCAAAGCCUGAGAAAAUUGCAAUAGUUGGUGGUGGCUACAUUGCCUUGGAGUUUGCUGGUAUCUUCAAUGGUUUAAAAAGUGAGGUCCAUGUAUUUAUAAGGCAGAAAAAGGUCUUAAGAGGCUUCGAUGAAGAGAUCAGAGAUUUUGUUGCAGAGCAGAUGUCACUAAGAGGAAUUGAGUUUCACACUGAAGAAUCACCUCAGGCCAUCCUUAAAUCAGCAGAUGGUUCACUGUCCCUGAAGACCAACAAAGGAACAAUUGAAGGAUUAUCACAUGUCAUGUUUGCAACUGGCCGUAGGCCUAACACAAAGAACCUGGGAUUGGAGAACGUAGGGGUAAAAAUGAACAAGAAUGGGGCAAUAGAGGUUGAUGAAUUCUCACGGACGUCGGUUCCUUCAAUUUGGGCAGUUGGAGAUGUUACAGACAGAUUGAAUUUGACUCCAGUUGCUUUGAUGGAGGGAGGAGCAUUAGCAAAAACACUAUUCCAAAAUGAGGCAACAAAACCUGAUUAUAGUGCUGUUCCCUCUGCUGUUUUUUCCCAGCCACCAAUUGGACAAGUUGGUCUUACUGAAGAACAGGCAAUUGAAGAAUAUGGUGAUAUUGAUAUCUUCACUGCUAACUUCAGGCCUUUAAAGGCAACUCUCUCAGGGCUCCCAGAUCGGAUCUUUAUGAAACUUAUUGUCUGCGCAAAGACAAACAAAGUUCUUGGUGUACACAUGUGUGGAGAAGAUUCACCUGAAAUUGUGCAGGGAUUUGCUGUUGCUGUGAAAGCUGGCUUGACAAAGGCAGAAUUUGAUGCCACUGUUGGUGUUCAUCCAACAGCAGCUGAGGAGUUCGUCACUAUGCGGUCCCCCACUCGUAAGCUAAGAAAGAGCCCCCCAUCUGAGGAAAUAAGAGAUCCCGAGACAAAGGCAACAGCAGAGGUUUAGUAAAAGUCUGGCAAUGAAUCAGCUUCUGAUCAUAGGGAAUCCUUUUUGAGGUUGGUUGCGGUUGAAAAUUCUUUUUGUGAAAUAGUUGAUUGUUAUCCGUCUAACUUAUGACCAUAAGAGGAUAGCUAGAUUACGUAUGGGGAUUCGGUUCUUGCAGAUGGCCUUCUGGUCCCAUGGACGAAAAUGGGCGUGUAGAGAAAAGUUUUUAGAGAAAGGAUUAUCGAUGACCCAGUUUCCACUGCCAGCACCAAGAUUUGCAGGAUAGCAGGCUGAGAGCCGUGACAAGAGAUACCCUGUGACCAUGGUAGGAAAGAUCCCCAUGAACAUCUUUACUCUUAUUGCAUUCCUUGACGUCUCCCUUAUUCCUGUUUUGGCUGAAUAAUGCAAUAAAUGUUACUUCUAUAUAUCCUUUUUCAGAGUUGUAUUAUAAUCUGUGCACGCCACCUGUUUGAACAGCAAA